AACAAACUAAAAAUGUUCAAGUUCAUCGCUGCUGUGAUCCUCGCUCUGGUCGCCUUCGCUGCUGCUAAGCCAGGAAUUGUGGCUCCUCUGGCUUACUCCGCACCUUAUGUGGCAUCUCCGUAUGUGGCAUCAUCGUACGUGGCAUCCCCCUAUGUGGCAUCUUCCUAUGUGGCAUCUCCAUAUGUGGCCUCGCCGUAUGUUGCCUCUUCCUAUGUGGCUUCGCCCUACGCUGCGGCCUACACAGCCCCUCUGCUGUUGAAGAAGUAGACGACUCACUCACGGGAUAUGAAAAAUUGAUCAUAUUUUACGGCAGAAAUAAAA